UCAGAUCCUGCGUCUUUACGCUUCUGCGCUUUAGGUAUUUCAAUGCGUUAAGGCUGCGCUUUUAGGGGAGAAUUUAGGAAGUUGUCAUUCCACGGUCGGACAUGUCCACAGGCUCCAUCAGCGACACGGACGAGUUCCACGAAGAACUGCUGGACGGUUUACUCCCGUUCAGCUCGAACAGAGACACGGCGGAGAGCUCCAACAGUGAUGGCGCACCGCACAGCGAGCACACAGCGCCAAAACGGCGAAGGGUCUCCGCGUCCUCACGCAGAGCAGCAGGUGGCGGGACAGCGACCGGGACCGGGACCGAACCCCCGGAGGGCAAACAGGUUCAGAGGAACGCGGCGAACGCGCGGGAGAGGGCGAGGAUGCGAGUGCUGAGCAAAGCCUUUUCACGCCUGAAGACCACACUGCCGUGGGUACCGCCGGACACCAAACUGUCCAAACUGGACACUUUGCGUCUCGCCUCCAGCUACAUCGCCCACUUGCGCCAGGUCUUAGCCAACGACAAGCACGAAAACGGUUACAUCCAUCCCGUUAACCUGACGUGGCCGUUCAUGGUCUCGGGGAAACCGGAGAACGAACUGAAAGAGAUGCUGAACUCCACCAGGUUGUGCGGCACCACUGCCUCCUGAGAGGAAUUUAACUGCAGACACGGGACAUGUUAAAUAUAUAUUUCGUUUUUGAUGAACGAAAGCACAUCAUCUCCAGUUCGUACAAAUAAAAGACUCAUUGAUGCUGGAGGAUGCAGGAAGGAGCCGCUGAAGAAGCCGCCGGGGACGCGCAUCCUGGUGCGCAUUUCUGUACAGAGAAUAAAACUAUUUCUAUUUAUCUACCUCGCUGGUUCGAGGGAGCAAACGUGUGCGUUUAUAUGAUUAGUUUAAUUCAUUUUCUAUGCAAAGAAUAUGUAUAUAAGCUUGAUAUCUGCUUUGGGUGACGUGUGUUGUCUCCAGAUGUGGUUUUGGAAGAACAGCAUUAUAAUGAAGGCUAAAUAAAAUAUUUUCAUACUAA